AUGUGUGCUUGUGGUGAACAGUACUGUCAUGAAUGGUCGCAGUUACUGCUGAUCAAAAAUGUCGAAGAAAUUCAACAGUUAUGGAAUCAUUGUGAAACGUCACCAAAAGAAAACGAAGAAAUGGAUUCGUUGGACGAAUGUGAUCGGACCUUAUGCCAAAUACGAGAGAAACGAAACGAAAUCUUUGUGUCAAUGGAAAAUGCGCUGAAUUUAUUGAAUGAAAUACAAGAAUUGAUCAAUGAACAACUGAAAAAGUGGAAACACCAACAAAUUCAAAUGAAUUCGACGUCACCAAGUGAGCUUGAUGGUAUUCAAAGUUGGCUGAACGAACUAUUUUCAUGCGUCAUGGAUAUACGUACGCUUUUUAAAAGAAUUUAUAGUUCACACGUUCAUGCCAAUGUUAUCGAUGGCAGUGAGGAAAAAUUCAAUGAAAUGAUAAUGAAUUCGUUGAAGAAUUUGAUCAAAUCGAGUGUAAUAGUGGAAAAACAACCACCAAAAGUCAUAAGAAAAGACAUUGGGUUUGACGCAAGUGUUCGUGUUCUUAUUACGCAGUUUUCGAAUGUAUCUAACACAAUCAGAGUAUCAGUUUCUAUCUUGUCUGAGUCGCAAUCAAUAAUUCAACAGCAACAGCAACAAUCAUUAUCGGAAUCUAGCGGUUGCGUUAUAAACAAUACCGGAGACAUGAAAUUUCAGCCGGAUAACGGUCAUUUAACAUGCAAUUUAAAAAGGUUAACCGUCAAAGGUGUCACACGAAAAGAUGAAAAUGAGUUGCCAACAAAUGACUUCGUUUUUCUAUUUCGACUAAAAUUUCAAAUGAACGAUAUUCUGAUUGAUAUCUGGACCAUGUCCACACCUGUUGUGGUUUAUACAUUCAGUUCUCAAGCGUCAAGGGCAUGUGCCACCGUUCUAUGGCGUAAUGCAUUCUCGGCAAACGAUGGCAAUCCUUUCUCAGUUGUCGACAAAGUACCAUGGUCACAAUUGGCGUCUAUUCUAAAUGAACAAUUUACAACACAAGCCGGACGAUCUCUGACUAAAGAACACUUGGAUCAUUUAUGCGAUAAACUUAUUUCCAAGCCUUCAAACACCGAGGAUAACUUGAUUUCAUUCUAUCAAUUUUGUGUGGAUCCGUUGCCAAAUCGAAAAUUCACGUUCUACGAAUGGUUUUAUUCAAUUAUGGAAAUAACACGCAAACAUCUCCGUGAUGCAUGGCAAUCAGGACUGAUUGCUGGGUUUAUUAAACGAAAGAAAGCAGAAGAAAUGCUUGAAAAAUGUUUACCAGGCACAUUUUUACUGCGUUUCACCGACACCAUACUCGGCGGUGUCUCAGUGGCUGUGGUUGAAAAAUCAAACGGCAAAUCAAUAGUGUCUAUGUUACAACCAUAUGCCGACUACGAAUUCGAUUCUCGUCGACCUUCAAUUGGCGACCAAAUUAAAGAUUUAAAACAAUGUUUAUAUUUGUAUCCCGAUAUUCCAAAAGUUAUCGCAUUUGGACUGGAAGACACGCAUUCUGCCAGCACAUUGAUUCCU